UCUCUAUCUCUCUCUCUAUUAUAGUUCUUUUUCUCUGUUACUGAGAAUUGUUGGGUAUUAGUCAGAGAAAAUUGAGCUCUGUCUGGAUGAAGAUGGGCAGGAAAUGCUCACAUUGUGGGAACAUGGGUCAUAAUUCGAGGACCUGCACAGCUUACAGAGGCACUGCUGUUAGAGGCCUUAGGCUCUUUGGAGUUCAGCUUGACAUUUCUUCAUCUUCCAUCUCCAUGAAGAAGAGUUUCAGCAUGGAUUGCUUGUCUUCUGUCUCUCCCUCCUCAUCUUCCUCUCCUUCUUCUUCCCUUUCUUCCUCACGACUAGCCCUUGAUGACAACUCAGACAAAUCCUCCAUUAAUGGAUAUCUCUCCGAUGGUCUCAUGGGUCAAGCUCAAGAGAGGAAAAAAGGAGUUCCUUGGACAGAAGAGGAGCACAGAACAUUUCUGCUUGGACUAGAGAAGCUUGGAAAGGGAGACUGGAGAGGAAUUUCCAGAAACUUUGUGACUACAAGAACUCCAACCCAAGUAGCCAGUCAUGCUCAGAAGUAUUUUCUAAGACAGGCAAGUCUUAACAAGAAGAAGCGGCGUUCAAGCCUCUUUGACAUGGUCAAAAGCAGCAGUAGCAUGAGCAUCAGCUCCAUGUCUGGUGAUCAAAUUCCUUCUCCGUAUCUGAAAUCAUCAGCAAGUUUUCUGAAAGGAAUCCAUCCUGUUUCUGGGCAUCAGGAGAUGCCGGUUUUGCUGCAAGGAUUCAUUGAUGCUCAUACCAAAACAACAUCAAAUUCAGCAGAAACCAUCUCACCCAAUGUAGCACCUGAUCUGGAGCUGAAACUCGCUGUUUCAAAGCCUUUGGAAGACACCAAGUCAUCCGCUGGAACUCUCCUCGCCAGACCCAUCAGUGUCACCUGAAGUAAAGAAAACCCAAUGGAACCUCGUUAUUGCCAUCUUAAGCUGAUGAUAAAAAUAUGAAUGAACAAAUUUAUGAUGUUGGGUGCUUUCUUUAGCUCAUCCUAAUUAAGAUUACUCUCGGUUUCGCCCUAUAUCUGAAAGACCUCUACUCCAGAAGCUACUGUCUUCCUAAAAGUGCUCUCGGCUUUUCUCGAAGUUGAUUUUAGCUUAUUGAGGGCUUUAAACUGGAGCUACAAAUUUGUAACUUUUGAAAUGGAACUUUGCUGCUAAAGUUAUGAUAAAACUAUUUUAUCAUA